AUGGAAUCGUACAUCUGUUGGCUGGAUGGAAUUGGAGUGCGCGACCCAAGAAAGAAAGAAUUCAUUGGCAAAAUAAGGCGGACUCAAUGGGCGCGAAUAGUGAGUCAUCGUCACGAGAUUCUGAAGAACGCAGUUACGCACACAGCACGAGUGAUCAGCUAUGAGAGCCUCGAUCUCCGAAGCCCGGCAAAGCUCGUAAUCUCUCUUCGAGAGCGGCGUGGACCUAACGUUCAGGUGUCAAAAACUGCGUCUGACGCUGAAAUAAAGAAGGAAUAUAGAAGAAUGGCACUUCAGCUGCAUCCGGAUAAAUGUAGGGCACCACAUUCUACAGAGGCAUUCAAAGCACUGGGCAAUGCUUAUGCAGUGCUGUCUAAUGAAGAGAAGCGAAAACAAUAUGAUAUGUAUGGCACAUCUGAUAAUGGAAACAAUGUAAGCAGAGGACCCAGAGGGGACUUCUUCGAGUACGAUUACGCUCACGGGUUUGAUGCUGAUUUCUCGCCUGAAGAAAUAUUCAACAUGUUCUUUGGUGGCGGUUUUCCAUCGGAAUCGGUGAGAAGAGGACGACAUUUUCACCACACUUCUCAUAAGUCCACUUACACCGCCUGUUGUUACACACUUCUUCCGCUGAUUGGGCGAUUAGCUCGGUCAUUUGGCCUUCUUGCACCGUUAUGUUGGCGAUCCGGCUAUUCUUUGCAUCAUUCGAGCAAAUACCCCGUCAAACGGCUAACACAGAGUGAUUUGAGGGUGCCUUAUUUCGUGCGAAGUGAUUUUGAACAAGCAUAUCGUGGAAGAAUUCAUCAGGUACAGCCAUAUGAUUUCUGUGACUGCCAUUAA